AUGGGUUUCUACACGCGUUCUUCCUCGCAAGCACGGGUAGCUUGGGUGCUCCUGCUGCUAUGCUCGUGCACGCUGUUAAUCAGGGCACACGGAGGAGGAUCUCGCAAGCUUUACAUAACCUACCUAGGCGAUGUGAGGCAUGGGCACCCAGAUGAUGUCGUCGCCUCGCACCAUGACAUGCUCGGCACUCUUCUCCAAAGCAAGGAGGAAUCUGUGGCCUCCAUGGUCUACCACUACAAGCAUGGUUUCUCGGGCUUCGCCGCCAUGCUCACCCAAGACCAAGCAACAAGACUUGCAGAGUUUCCGGAAGUCAUCAGCGUGAAGCCGAGCAGGAGGGUCAGGACGACCACCACGCGGAGCUGGGACUUCCUUGGGCUCAACUACCAGUCCUCCCACACGCCGGCCAGUGAGCUGCUCCAAAUGAGCAACUUCGGAGAGGACGUAAUUAUCGGAGUUGUUGACACCGAGAUCUGGCCGGAGUCAAGAAGCUUCAGCGAUGUAGGGUACGGGCCGGUGCCAUCGAGGUGGAAAGGGGAGUGCCAGACCGGGCCGGACUGGGGCAUCAACAACUGCAGCCGGAAAAUCAUCGGCGCGCGGUUCUACACCGCUGGGGUCCCCGACGAGUACCUUAAAAGGGACUCGCUGUCGCCGCGGGACCACAACGGCCACGGCACUCAUUGUGCUUCCACCGCAGCGGGCUCGGCUGUAGGCGUGGACGGCGAGGCGGCUAGCUUCCACGGCCUUGCCGCGGGGGUGGCGCGGGGAGGCGCACCGCGGGCUCGCAUCGCGGUGUACAAGUCCAUCUUUGCUGGCUAUGGCGAUUCGGCCACUGUGCUGGCCGCCAUUGACGACGCGAUCCACGACGGGGUGGAUGUAUUGUCGCUGUCCCUCACUGUGCCGUACGAGAACUCGUACGGUGCCCUGCACGCGGUCCAGAAGGGGAUCACUGUGGUGUACUCCGCCGGAAACGACGGGCCCAGGCCGCAGACCGUCGAGGACACCUCGCCGUGGGUCCUCACCGUCGCGGCGAGCAAGAUCGACCGCUCGUUCCCGACGGUGAUCGAGUUGGGAAACAAGCAGCAGAUGGUGGGGCAGUCUCUCUAUUACCAAGUGAAGAACAUCAACUCAUCAUCACACACGACUAGCAGUUUCACAAAGCUUAUAUGUGCACGCUCUUGUGUGCCGAGACAUGAGGUUCUUCAUGAGAUUGACGUGAAAGGGGCUAUCCUGGUGUGCUUAAAUGAUAAUGACGCGAUCAAUCCAUCAGAUGAUUUCGCCCAUGCGGCCAAGUACGUGGUGGAAGGCGGGGGAUCCGGGCUCAUCUUCGCGCAAUACACAACGGACGCCCUGAGUUCCACAGUGGCUUACUGCCCGGGCAUCGCUUGCGUUAUCGUCGACAUCUACAUCUCCAGGAGGAUAUGCGAGUACGCCAUGGACACAAGCUCCCCCACAGCAAAAAUCGAACCCACGCGCACCGUCAUGAGCAAAGAUGUGCUGGCUUCGAAAGUGGCGUCCUUCUCUUCGAGAGGCCCAUCGGCUGAUUACCCGGCCUUCAUCAAGCCUGAUGUAGCUGCGCCCGGAGCCAACAUCUUAGCAGCAGUGGGAGACUCCUACGUAACAAAGUCAGGGACGUCCAUGGCAGCCCCGCAUGCAGCGGGUGUCGCCGCGCUGCUCAAAGCUCUGCACCCGGAUUGGUCUCCUGCUGCAAUAAAGUCAGCCAUCAUCACCACUGCGCAUGUAACUGAUGGACACGGCAUGCCGAUCCUGGCGGAAGGACUACCGCGGAAGGUCGCCGACCCGUUCGACUAUGGAGGCGGGAACAUCAACCCAUGCGGGGCAGCUCAUCCCGGCCUAAUUUAUGACAUUGAUCCACACGAUUACAACAAAUUCUUUCGAUGUGCCAACGUCAAGGAGGGGAUAUCUGCGUUCGCAAGCUGCGACACCACCUCUAUGCCAGAGUAUAACCUCAAUCUGCCGUCCAUCUCGGUUCCUGAUUUGAGGAGUGCGAUCACCGUCUCGAGGACGGUAACCAACGUUGGCGAGCUCCAUUCUGUGUACCACGUCGCAGUCCAGAGCCCGACUGGAGUCAAGAUGGAGGUUUUCCCAGAUGUUCUUGUUUUCGAUGCUGCGAACAAAGUCCGGAAAUUCGAGGUGAAGCUGUCACCUAUCUGGAACUUGCAAGGGGGCUACACGUUUGGCAGCAUCACUUGGCAGAAUGACCGACAAGUGGUGAGGAUUCCAGUUGCGACCCGAAUUACAAUUCAGGAUUUCUAUGCGGAUGUUGCAUAA